UGUAAUUUAAUCCAAUUUAAUCCACUUUUUGUCAAGAGUUUCUUCUCUCCUUCAGUAGUAUACUUUAUCACGGUAAAAUAAUAACCUGCAUAAACUGCUCGUAACCAUUUGACAAAGUUGAAGAAAUGGCUUUUUGCGGCCGCAACCCUCGAGCAUUGUCACAUGGAAUUACUUGAACAGAGCCGUGGGUGAUUUAUUACCCAAGUAACAAUACUUUUCAAAAUGGUAAUAGAAUGUUCAUGUUGCAAGAUCAAGAUUCCAUUAAAGUCUAUGAAAGGACACAUUUCAAUCCAAUAUUAUUCAUUCAAUGAACACUUCAAUAUUCACCAAAGACAGGAAUUUGUUGAGGCAUUUUUCACAGAUCCAGUAGUUUAUGGAACAUUGAAUGGAACUACUAACGAUGGUGUGUCCUGGACCAGUGUAGGACAGCCACUACCUUUAGUCAAGGUGGAAGUAGUGCCUUGUACGGUGAUUUCAUUAGAAUUCUUUGAUAGGCUGUACAACAGAGCCAAUGGUGUGGCGUUGGGAGAAUGCGGUGACCUGAUUGGUUGUUUCGAUCAACAAAUUGACCAGUUCACUGUUAGCGACAAUUUGCGAUUGAUGCUGGUUUCAGAAGAAGGACCUCAACUUUACAGUGAGGCUGAAAGAAACCAGUUACUUUUUAGACUGUUCACAUGUUUUUGCCUGGGAGGUGUAUGGGCACAACACGAAACUAACCUGAAGCCCUACAUUGAAGCUGCCAAGACCCUCUACAAAGACCUGGUCAAGGUUGAAAGAGUAGCCGGUACUUCAGAGCUUGUGAUACGCUCAAUUGUGCUGAGCGUCAGUGCAGCUACAGACGACGGUACCACAGUUCUGACUCAAUGGUGUCGCGCUGAUAAGUUAAGAAUCAUACGCCUGCUACUCUCACUAACUGAUUGGAGGGCGAUCGGGGCAUAG